AUGAAAGUUUUGGCAUUGAUGGUUCUUCCGUUGGCAUUGGUAUAUGCUGGGAGCAACACGGAUGUCGAUAGCAUAUCACUUUUGGAUCCAAAACAGCAGAGCGAACACCAAACUACGACGUUAGGAACUAAAAAAGAGAAACGAGGAAUUUUCGGGCUCGGAGCAUACACGCCUGGUUCACCAGUUUAUGGACACGGUUUUGCUCAUCAUGCACCUCAUCUGCUUCCGCCAGCAGAACCCCUGGCACCCGUUGCAUUCGCCGCUCCACCACUGCCUGAUCCUUUCGGCCCUUAUCUUGGAGCUCAUGCUCAUACGCACACUGUAAUCACAAAGAAAGUGGGAAUUCCUAUUCCAGCACCAUACGCGGUGCCUAUUCAUGUACCAGUAGCCGUGGAUCGUCCAUACCCAGUGGCUGUUCCGAGACCGUACGCCGUCCCUGUAGAUAGGCCCUACCCAGUGCCAGUUGAUCGUCCUUACCCAGUGGCCAUUCCGCAUCCGAUUCCAGUCCCAGUCGUCAAGCACGUAGGCUAUCCUGUCCCAGUCUCUGUUCCUGUGCAUACCCCGGUGGUAAUAGAAAAACCAGUGGUUCCAGCAAUUGGACCAGACCCAUGGGCUACUGCCAGGUUGUGGUAG